CGUAUAAAUAUUUAUUGAUUAAAAACGUCUUUAUGUAGUAAAUAAAUGAUCUUUUUUUAAUGAUCAUUUAAAAUGUAAACAAUAAGAAACGAUUCCUGUGAACUUUUUUACCACUUUUUACAAAUUCAAGGAAAGUAUCUACACAGGUGAAUCAAAUAACGUCUGUCCGAAAAGAGUUUACUUCGCUGUUCUUGUUCAGGAGAUUAUCUAGGUGUGUAAAGUUUGCAAACUUUGGAAAGUAAGUGGAAAUUACUUUUGCCUGGGGCGUUUUUGUUUGGAAUAUUGGAAGGAUCCUGCAGAGCUGAAGAAUAAUGCUGGCAGUAGUUUGUAACAGAAUUGGAUAGGCAAGGAUUAUCUCCCCUAUCUAGUGAUAUAAGACUGGAUUAGUCAUUGUAUCUACCUGCUGAGAGAUUAGGGUUGCUGAUAAGGAAAUAAUCUCACAUUAAACUUACAAAAUGGAAGUGGUUCAUAUAGGAUUACUGGUUGUAGUUUUUGCAACUUUCCAAGGUGCAAUAAGUCAAGUUGGACGACGUCAGCCACAAUGCGAGCAGGGCAGUUGUUAUCCUGCAACGGGAGAUUUGUUGAUUGGACGAGAGGGUAAUCUCACCACAAAUUCCACGUGCGGUAUGGAUAGACGCGAAAGAUACUGUAUUGUCAGCCAUUUAGACGAUGACAAAAAAUGUUUUCUAUGUGACUCAAGGCAGCCAUGGUCACAACAGUAUAGUGAUAGUCACCGGAUUGAAAAUAUUGUUUCCUCUUUUCGUGAGAGGAAGUUUAAAUGGUGGCAAGCGGAAAAUGGUGUUCAGCAUGCUUAUAUUCAGUUAGACUUAGAGGCGGAAUUUCAUUUUACACAUUUAAUUAUGACAUUUAAAACUUUCCGACCAAAAGCAAUGUAUGUUGAAAGGUCCUUUGAUUUUGGAAAUACGUGGAAUGUAUAUCGAUAUUUUGCGUAUGAUUGUGCAAGGUCUUUCCCUGGAAUGCCAACUGGUCCAGUUAGGAAAUUAUCGGAUGUAAUUUGUGAAUCUCGCUAUUCAGAUGUUGUACCAUCAACAGAAGGAGAGGUCAUAUUCCGAGUUUUGCCACCAUUCAUCAGAAUUUCCGACCCGUACAGCCAGGAUGUACAGGAUCUGCUCAAACUUACCAAUCUCAGGGUUGUGUUUACUGAACUCCAUACUCUUGGUGAUAUUGUAUUUGAUGGCAGGCAAGACAUAAAAGAGAAAUAUUACUAUGCUAUGUAUGAUAUGACAGUGAGAGGAAGUUGUUCCUGUUAUGGUCACGCCUCUAGAUGUAUCCCUGUUGAAGGAUAUGCCAGCAACCCAAAUAUGGUGAAUGGACAGUGUGAAUGUACCCACAAUACUAAAGGUCUAAACUGUGAACAGUGUUUGGAUUUCUACAACGAUUCACCAUGGAGACCAGCCAGGACGUCCGAACCAAAUGCUUGUAAAAAAUGUGAAUGUUAUAACCAUGCUACAUCUUGUCACUUUGAUGCCGGUGUUUGGGAGUUGACAGGCCGGAGUAGCAACGGAACAUACUGGAGUGGUGGUGUUUGCGAUGACUGUCAGCACAACACAAUGGGACGCAACUGUCAGGAAUGUAGACCGUUCUAUUAUCAGGACCCUCAUAGGGAUCUCAGGGAUCCAGAAGUAUGUCAAGUCUGUGACUGUGAUCCGACUGGUUCUAUGUAUGAUGGUGAAUGUGAAAACCGUGACGAUGAGGAACUCGGAAUGGAAGCCGGCAGGUGUAUAUGUAAAACAAACGUAGCAGGUGGACGAUGUGAUCAGUGUAAGGAAGGAUACUGGAACAUGAAUGAUGACAACCCGGAUGGAUGUGAAGCAUGUACCUGUAACCCAAUGGGAACCCUGGAGAACUUUGGUUGUGAUCAGUACUCUGGAUAUUGCACAUGUAAACGCUACGUUACGGGUAGAAAUUGUGAUGAAUGCUAUCCAGGUUUCUGGGGUAUGAGCAAUGAUUUGAACGGCUGCAGACCAUGUGACUGCGAUGUGGGCGGAGCUAUGGGAGACGCUUGUAAUGUUACAAAUGGGCAGUGUACAUGUAAACCAAACAUUCAGGGCCGCCAGUGUCACCAAGUGCAGCCAGGAUAUUACUUUACACGAAUGGAUUUGUACACGUACGAAGCUGAAUUUGCAAAAGGAAUUGGGAACACGAGGGUUUACAUCAGGGAGCCUGUUCCUGAAUACACUAGUUGGACUGGACCAGGCUACAUGAAAAUAAUGGAGGGUGACGCUCUAGAGUUCUCCGGAAUUGUCGUGGAUUUUCCAAUGUACUAUGACAUCGUAAUCAGAUAUGAUCCCAGAAUGCAGGAAAGAUGGGAAGAUGUCAGAGUCAGUGUGAUAAGGGACGGCUUCACAAACCCUGAUGGUCCCUGUGCCAAUGCCAUUCCACAGGAUGAUGACAAAGCCACGUCUCUCCAGACGGGUGCCAGAUUUAUUACUGUUGACCCACCAUCUUGUCUUGAGAGUGGUGUAAACUACAGUAUACGUAUCGACUUCAACAGAUACAAGAGCGAUCAGUCAACACCCGAUGCUACAGCUCUUAUAGACUCGAUACUUCUGGUUCCUAGCACUGAUAGUAUUCCAAUCUUCCAAGGCCCUGGACUACCAGAAUACAUGAAGAAUGAAUAUAUCCGUUACAGAUGUAGAGACCUCCAGUUGCAUGUGCACAAACCCGAGCUUCCAGAACUCUGUCGUAAACACGUCUUUAGUAUUUCUGGUAUCAUUCAUCACAGAGCUUUAGAUUGUGACUGUGAUUUAACUGGUUCCUUGAGUUUUGAAUGUGACCCAGUUGGUGGGCAGUGUCAGUGUAAGCCACAUGUGGUUGGUAGGCGAUGUGACCAGUGUGCCCCUGGAACAUUUGGCUUUGGUCCAAAUGGAUGCACACCUUGCAACUGUCAUGCCAUUGGAUCUCGAGACAAUUUCUGUGACAUUGAGACUGGCCAGUGUUUGUGUAUACCUAAUGUCCACAGACGUAUCUGUGAGGAAUGCGAGCCUGGAUACUAUGGGUUCCCGUACUGUCGCCAAUGUGAAUGUAAUGGUAACGCGGAUAUCUGUGACAACCUUACUGGACAGUGCGACUGUAGAGAUAACACUACAGGUCACAACUGCGAAAGGUGCAUAGAUGGUUACUAUGGUGAUCCACGUAUUGAUUACCGUGUUCCUUGUAAAGCUUGUAUGUGUCCAGGGGGACCAGACCACCCAGCCCAGCAUGCAGACACCUGUUACUAUGAUCCUCGGCUAGAAUAUGUUGUAUGCAACUGUGAUAUAGGUUACAGAGGACCAGACUGUGGCACAUGUGAUGACAAUUACUUUGGCAACCCAUCUGAGAUAGGAGGUACCUGUGAUACGUGUGACUGUAACGAUAACAUUGACCCAGACGAUGUCGGCAACUGCGACGGAGAAACAGGCGAAUGUCUCAAGUGUUUGUUCAACACAGAGGGUUUUAACUGUGAGAAGUGUAUGCCAGGUUACUAUGGUGACGCUCUCAUUCAGAACUGUAUCGAGUGUAUCUGUAACCCAAUCGGAACAGAUCCAAAUGGUGGAGAGUGUGACCGCAUCACUGGUCAGUGUCCCUGUCUCCCUAAUGUGAUUGGGCAGAAAUGUGACAUGUCUGCCCCCGGACAUUACAACAUGACCCCGGGUCGGGGUAGUGAGCCAUGUAACUGUGACCCAGACGGAGCUUUUGGCAUAGAAUGUAAUGAGCUGACUGGUCAGUGUGACUGUAAACCAGACCGAGGAGGACGUACCUGUAGUGAAUGCCGUGACUUGUAUUGGGGAGAUCCAAAUGAAGAGUGCUAUGCUUGUGAUUGUGACAAUCAGGGGUCAGCCACACAGCAGUGUGAUCGUCGUACUGGACAGUGUGUAUGUCUGCUCGGUAUCAGCGGCUACAAGUGUGACCGAUGUGACAGAGGUACCACGGGAGAACUACCCAAUUGUGUACCUUGUGGAGACUGCUUCGAUAACUGGGACAGAAUCAUUAGAGAUCUUAGAGGUCAGACAGAAGUAUUGAUUGAGCAGGGCAGAAAUAUUCAGAUAGAGGGCGCCGCUGGUGCCUUCGACAAGGAGUUCCGAGUAAUGGAAGAUAAUCUUGCAGAGAUCAAGAGAAUCAUUGAAAAUGCUGGUGUUUCCUCGUAUGAUGUGGAGGAACUUGAAAAUAUGCUCAAACAAAUCAGGGAGAAUAUUACUGACAAUGUAGAAAAUUUGAACACUAUGGAUGAAGAGUUACAGACGACAAUGGGACGCAUCCAGGCAGGCAACAAUCGUAUCGCAGCUCUGCAGCUCGGAGUAAAGGAUCUCAACACUAAAGCUCAACAGCUGAGGAGAAACGCCAGCGAUAUACAGGCUCAAGAUGUUGAGGGUGCCUUUAAUAUCACAAAAGAGGCCGAGCGAAGAUCCCAGGAGGCCCAGAUGAUGGUAGAUGGAACUAAUAAAUAUCUACAAGACUCUCAAGAUGUUAGAGAGAGAGUUGAAAGGAUGCUCGAAACCAACAUGGAAGAUUUUAACAAAAGUUUGGAAGACAACCAAAAUGCCUUGAAGGAACUAGAUAUGGAUGUAAUGGAACUCAGUGGCAAAAUCACAGAUAUUAAUACCAUGGUGUGUGAUGGUACUGGAGAUCCCUGUGACGAUGUCUGUGGUGGUGGUGGGUGUGGGGUGUGCGGAGGACCUAGCUGUGAGAAGGGGGCUGUUACCAAGGCUGACAAUGCCCUUGACCUUGCAAUGAAAGCAGAAGCCUUACUAAAGGUCAAAGAAGAGAAUGCCCAAGGAUUACAUGCCAAUGUAACUGCUGCCCAUGACUUGUCCCAGAUGGCAAAGGCAGAAGCACAGAUGGCAUUUGACGAGGCCGCUAAAGCUCGCAGUGUAUCCGAGGAUACAAGGACAAACCUAGAGCAACUUCUGAAUGAGAUAAGAGAUUUCCUGAGGACUGAGGGAGCUACACCUCAACAAAUUGAACUGAUGGCACAAGAAGUGCUAGCAAUGAGUAUCUCCCUGAAACCCAAUCAGAUUAUCCAGUUAGCCAAUGAGAUCAACAACACGAUUCAGGGAUUACAGAAUAUAGAGGAUAUACUCGAUGAUACACGUGAUAAUCUUACUCUCGCUCAGCAACUCAAGGAACGAGCGGAUAAUGCAUCGAAGUCAGCGGCAGCUAUAUUGGACACGGCUCAGGGAGUGUUGAAAGCACUGAAUGGAUCGAGAGAGGCCCAGAACAAAGCAAGACAGGCUAUAGACAAGGCAGACACGGAUAUCAAUAAUGCUCAGACAGACCUUACACAGAUUGAGUCGGAGACUGCAGCUGCCGAAGAUAAGUCCACGGAGACGUCGGAUAAGGUUGACAAGCUUAAAACAAACCUCGAGGACCUGCAAAGUAAAAUUAACGAGAAUGAGUUCAGAGUUCAGAAUGCUGAACAAUUAGCUAAUGAUGCUGAAGACCUGGCCAAAAAAGCUGAAAAGGAUGCCAAUGACCUGGAAGACAGAUACCCAGAUGUACUCAACAGGUUGAAUGAUAAAUAUAACUCUACAGCAGAUGCCAAGGGUAGGGUUGAGAAAUUACGAGACAGGGCUAAUAAACUGGCUACAGAUACCACAGCUAAACUACAAAAACUGCAAAAUAUGAAUGCAGAAUUUGAAGGCUACGAGAAGCAACUGACCAGUUUGUCAGAUCAAAUAGAUAAACUGAACGAAGAUAUGACGGGAUAUUUAGCUGUUAUACAACAGAAAGCCAAUGAUUAUAGAACAUGUACUACAUAGUUAUUCAAUAUUUAAAUAGACUUGUACAAUUUAGGAUAAAUGAUGCAAUAAGUGAUCUGGUUUCAAGGUUGAAGGAACAGUUUGGGGACCAGUCUAAGAGUCCAGCUUUAUGAUUGGUCAAUUUCAAAAUGGAACUCCCAAUCAACCAAUCAAAAGCUAGAGUUGUUAGACUGGGCUUCAGAUUCUAGUUUUUGAACUUUGGGCCCUGUAUACAUAUGGGUUUUAUAUGAUUAUAUAGGUGAUAUUCAUAUUCUUUGAGACAGAGUAAGGCAGCAUUACUUUCUUUGAGAGAAAAAAAAAGAAAUGCCAAUGUAAAAAAUCUUUCUGAAAGUAAGCACACUUUUGUCAUGGAGAAUAAACUCUAGUUAUAUUUCUUAGAAUGAAUAACUCAUUUAGUGUUUGGUUGAAUAAAUAUUGGCCUGAAUGAGGGAACCGUAGUAAUAGAUGAACAAAUGAACUAUAGAAAAAAAAGAUGUUUUUAGUAGAAAAUGUUAUCAUAAUGUCUUCCAUAUUAAGUGUUAUUUUUGUAAAUAAUUACUUUUUAACUUUUUAGAUAUUUUUGGUUUACAUAGAUAUUUUUGGUUUACAUUUAGUCAAUAUAUAUGUAUUGAUUUUACAUGUAUGUUGUCACUUUAUUGUAACUUAAGAGCAAAAAGGAAGUAUCUUCAUGUUGGUAGUUGAACCAGAAUUUAAAAGAAGAGGGAUAUCAGUAAUUUAAUACUUUCAGUAAUGUUUCCAAGAAUUUUAUACUAAAUCCAGUAAUUUCAGGUCUUUUCUACUCUUCUUUAGUUUAAAAGUGAUAAUCAUGAAGAAGGUGCUGUAUUUACAUAUGUGUGUAUGUUUGAAUGUUGUGUUUUGUUUGGCAUUUCUUACAAAUUGUAAACGAUUAAAAUUCUCUGGUUGACUGUUGAACCAAUUAACUAUAAAACAUAUUUUGAUUUAUCAUAUGAUGUGGUCACAUCAUUAUUUAAGUCUUGGAAAAAAAAGACAGUAACAGACUAUAAAAAGGGAGGUACUUAAAAGAUAUAGUGAAAAAAGUUAUGUGCCCUUGUCAUGAUGAAAGACAUGUAUUUUGACUGCUGACUUUUAUUUCUAUAAGUUGAUUUUCCACAGAAGAGUGUCUGAUCCUAGCUAUAAGUUAAGUUUUAAAACAAAAAACUGGUAAAAUAAGGGCAUGGGAAAAAUUACCCCCCAAAAAAACUCCCAAUAAUUAUUAGAAAAGAGAAAACAGUUUUUAAGAAGUGUUGACUACACUGAUAAGGCCAGUAAUUCUUGUUGCGUCUGGGAUGCGCUGUGUACAUCUUUGUAAUGUGUUGCGUGUUCUGUAUCCUAAUGUUUAUAUGUGUUGUACAAAGUUUUCUUUCUUUCCGGUAACAGAUAUUUGUUGAAUUGAUAUUCACAUAGGAAAUCUCAUCUGCAGAGGAAAUUAUUUUAUGUAUUGUUUAAAAUCAGUGACUUUCAUGCUUAAUUCAUGAUCAGUCUAAAAUGCUUCCAAGUCGUGGUUUCUUAACUCAUGUUGUUUCCUUCUUAACUUCUCCUGCCCUUCCGGCAGUAACGGAAAAAUGUCAGAAUAUGUAUAUAUAUUUAAGGUAAAGAUUUUUUUAUCUGCGUAUGAUCCAAAUGUUUUUCUAAGACAAUUCUGCCAAAGUCAUCAAGUUCAGGCUCAUUCAUCCUGCGGUAUGUUUAUGGGGAGAAAUUCUCCAUUCUUUUCAGGAAAUAAGUUAGUAGUGGUCAAAAUUAGCAGGACCACGUUGCUUUUUAAUGGAAAAAUCUGAAUUUACAGAUUAAAAUCAGCAUUGGUAGUUGCUUACUUGUAAGUUACUAUCAUUUUUUUUUUACAUUCAUAUCUCUGCAUAAUGCCUAUUGUUUAAAGAACAUUGUUGUAUGUUUUAGCAUUUUUAUAUAAAUAUUUUGCUUUCAAAUGUGCUUCAAAUCCAGACAAGAUCAAACGUUAGUUUCUCGUUGUUUUGUGAUACUGUUCUAAAUCAUUUGUGCCAUACCAUACCAUGCAUAUAUAUGUAGGUUUAGUACCUUGGUAGUUUGCUAAACAAUGUACUUGUUUAUACAGGGACGGCUGUGUAGUAUUUAUAACAAUUUUCAUGUAUACGUGUAGAAAUAAGUAAAAAUAGGAAGCCUAUUAUUUGCUAUGCUAGACACAAAAGACACAUCUUAGCAUGUAUAUAGACCAUUUUUAACAUAUAUGUAUUUUGUUUAAAUUUGAAAGUGUUUUGUUUAAACUUGUACAUGAAAAGUCCUGGUAAUUUCUCUGAUAAACACAUUUUAACUGUGGUAAAAACAGCCCUGCAAUGCUGCAGAUUAAGAUCUUUUUGUUUUUAGUAUCUUGUGUCAAAUUUACAGGCCAUAUUAAUUAAGCCGAAUUCCUUUUAGGUAAACAAUGAAAAAAGCAUAAAGGGUCAUCAGUUGUCAGCAAGUUUCAAGCAUGAAAGUUGUAAGUUAAUUUUUAGGAUGGUGUUAGAAAUCCAACAAUACACUAAGUGACAGUUGUUAAUACUGAAAUAGAAAAAAAUGUACUUAAAAUAGGUGCAGGAUUUGAAACCUAUAACGGAUUUAGAAUUCAUAAUGUGCCGAAGCCAUCCAGCUGACUUAUUGUAAGUCUGUGGUUCUAAUUUGGGUGUCUGCCUAGGUUUGACAUACCUUGAGGGGUUGAGAUGUUACCCAUAAUGUGUUGAUGGGACUUAAAAUUCAACAAAAUCCUCAAUCAGCACCCUACUAUUGGAGUAUGGUAUGCAUGUGACUUGUAUAUUUUUACUUUUCCAGUUCCUUAAAAAAAGAACUUCAUUUUUAUAGACAUAAAAUCUUUUUUUAGUGUUGUGUAUUUUGUAUGAUUGAAUGUGAGUUUUAUAUCUACACUUUCUGUUUUUGAGUAGAUGAACAGAUUCAUACAUCAUUGUAUUUAACCAUACAUAUACAUUUUGUAAAUUCAUAUUGUUUUAUAUCAUUUUACUGCAUUUUAUAACUAUAGGCAAUCUUUAAUUUACAUAUAUUUGUCAAUACCUAGUGCCAAGUUAGAAAGUUGUGAACAAACUCUAUAUGUGAUUUUGAAAAGCUUUCUGUAACAUGUUUUUUGUGUUGUGUACUUUUAACGGUGGCAUAGUUUAGCAAAGCUUUAAGUUAAUUAUGUGUAUAGGCAUUUAAACAAAAUUUAAAAUGGUUAAAAUGCAUUCAAGUAGUUAAUUUUAUAUUGAAUUCUUUCAAAGGCUUAUAUUACAUCAUACACAAAGCAGAGACAAGUCAGAGUUUAGUUUUUACUGCCCUUUUUUAGCUCACCUGUCACAUAGUGACAAGGUGAGCUUUUGUGAUCACCCUUCGUCCGUCGUCCGUCGUGUGUCCGUGCGUGCGUCCGUCAACAAUUUCUUGUCUGCACGAUAGUGGUUUCAUUUAUUUAACCUUUUGAAACAAAUAUUGGGUGGAUUAGGUGAGGGAUGCACACAUUUUUUAUCGUAUGAAGUAGACAUCUAGUUCCUACUUCUAGUAAUGCAAAAUACCUGUAAUCUUGUGACAGCAUGCUUGGAACUACUAGUGUGAAAUGAUUGAAGAUUGAGAUGGAAUGCUAUUAAUAGAUUAUAAUGCUUGGAACCUUGUUUUAGAAGGGAUGCUAUCAACAGAUUAUGAUUCUUGUGAACCCUUUAUUCAAAAUUUUGUGUGAUGAAAGAUGCUAUCAACAGAUUAUGAUGCUUGUGUACCCCUAAUUGGAAAUUUUGUGUAAUGAAAAUGUUUGAGAAGGGAUGCUAUUAAUAGAUUAUCCCGAGUUAUAAGUCAUGUUAAAGCCCUAAAUUUUUGAGCUGUACAUUUUAAAUGUUGCUAUGCCACUGUAAACCAUAUCUAGACAAAUUUUGUGUAAACUUUACCUCAACUUACUGCCCCUUUUGCUUGAUACAGACUGCUUGUAAGUACUAAUCAUAUAACAUAUUUAUUUGCCAAAAUUGCUCAGUGUGCGACUUCUCAGUUGAUAAUUGCAUAAUCAAGGUAUUUUUUAGAAACCACUGUUCAUAAUUUCGGUUUGGUUUUGGCAUGAUACUUUAAGAUAGAGAUAUUUGAGCCAUUUGAAAAGUUAAUUUUAAGGUAGAAAUUUUUAUGUCCUAAAAAUGAUAUUAAGAUUUUUAACUUUUCGGCUUUUUAAUAUUGUAACUUUUUUUUACAUCUGUGAUUAUUUCAAUUUCCUGGCAGUAACAUAAUAAUAGUUAAAUCUCGAGAAUUGCAUAAUAAAUUAACUGAUAUUUUCAGUCCGACAAGGUUGAUCUAAUGUUCCUUAUGUAGUACUGUCAUUUUUUGUCCUUAUUUUAUUUUAGCUUAUUUUAUUUUUCAUAUUCAUGCAUUACAAGGUAUUUGUUUACUUUUUGGUAUUAUCUUUGUGUAUACAAAGUAACAAGAUGAAUAAAUUGGCAGUCCCUCCAA